AUGGAAAGUGUCUACCUGUGCUCAGUGCUGGCUUUGGUGCAUCAUGCCCUCGCUGUGACUUGGCUAUACCUGGCCAAACAGCCGUCCCUCCGAGGGCUUGUGAGGGACCCCAGCGCCUGCGAAAGCUUGAAGGGUUUGUCACAGGAGCAAGUGAGGAUAUGCCAUCGCCAAGUGGAAGCCAUGGACUCGGUAAAGCAUGGCGCUGAGGUGGCCCUCAAAGAGUGCCAGCACCAGUUUCGCAACCGCCCCUGGAACUGUUCCACCCUGCAGGGACUGCAGGUUUUCGGGAAAGUUAUUCUGCAAGGCACUCGAGAAUCGGCCUUUGUUCAUGCUGUCUCUUCAGCCGGGAUCGCAUUUGCUGUGACCCGAGCCUGUAGCCGCGGCGAACUGGAAAAGUGUGGGUGUGAUCGCAAGGUCAGAGGAGUCAGCCCUGAAGGGUUCCAGUGGUCAGGCUGCUCUGACAACUUGUCCUAUGGCAUUGCCUUCUCCCAGGCUUUCGUGGACACCACGGAGCGGAACCGUGGCGCUUCCUCCAGCAGAGUACUAAUGAACUUGCACAACAAUGAAGCAGGCAGAAAGGCCAUCCUGUCCCACAUGAAGGUGGAAUGCAAGUGUCAUGGGGUGUCGGGGUCCUGUGAGAUUCGCACAUGCUGGAAGGUCAUGCCCCCGUUUCACCAAGUGGGCAACCUCCUGAAGGAGAAAUUUGAAAGUGCCACCGAAGUCCACCUGAAACGUGUGGGGUCCCGAAAGCUGCUGGUGCCCAAGAGCUCCCGCUUCAAGCCCUACACUACUCACGACUUAGUCUACUUGGUGGCCAGCCCGGAUUUCUGUAACUGGGACCCCCGAGGAGGGAUCUUUGGCACCACAGGACGUCAGUGCAACAGGACCUCCCCUGCUGUGAAUGGCUGCGAGCUGCUGUGCUGUGGCCGCGGCUUCCGCACGGCUCAGGCCGAGGUGGUGGAAAGAUGCAGCUGCAAAUUCCGCUGGUGUUGCUCAGUGAAGUGCAGGCAAUGCCGGCAUCUGGUGGAAGUGCACCGCUGCCGCUAGGAGGGUAGGUGGGAGGAGGAAGGGGCCGCUUGCCAAGGAAACAGAAACUCUGGCUAGGACUCUUUCGUCCAUCAAAGGGGCAGAAGCCAAGUGAGUCACAGGGCGACAGGCUCUGUUGCCAAGAGCUGGGUGUGAGCACUUAGGAGGGACACAUUUCAGGAGUGUACCCACCAUGACGACGUCUUUCUGGCAGAGGCUACUGCAAACCCAAAUGGUUCGCUUUGUUCUGCUUUUCUUGUGACACUGUGUUUUUUGGACACAGGGCAUGCAGCCAGCUGAUUUCCUUGCAUAGUAGAAAUAAAAUGACUUUGCUAAAGAAGUGUGGGUGCUUUUGUGGGUGCGUGAAUGGAAGCUCCAUUGUGGAAGAUCUGAACUGUUGUAUGGUAGGGGUGGGUAUACAUGUACUUUUA